AAACCUGGACAUCUUGGACACAGCAGGACAGGCGGAGUUCACAGCCAUGCGUGAUCAGUACAUGCGAGCGGGUGAAGGUUUCAUCAUCUCGUACUCCAUCACGGACCGCCGCAGUUUCCAGGAGGCUCGCCACUUCAAGCAGCUGAUCUACCGCGUGCGGCGCACCGUCGACACCCCCGUCGUGCUGGUGGGAAACAAGUCUGACCUGGUCCAUCUCAGACAGGUGUCUGUGGAGGAGGGCAAACAGCUGGCGAGGGAGUUCCAGUGCCCGUUUUUUGAGACCUCCGCGGCGUUCCGCUAUUACAUCGACGAUGUGUUUGCUGCACUGGUGCGUCAGAUCCGCCAGCACGAGGCUGAGGUGGUGCGGGGCGGCGAGAGGAAAACCCGGCGCAGCCAUUCCUUCUGGAGCCGCCUUAAAGCCCCCUUCCAUAAGAAACAGCAGUCCGAGCACUGAGAAGAAGGGCAUGUUGGGAUACCGUGGCCUUCUCACCUGCAGCUGUGUUAGUCCCAUCUCCCUCAGAUGGUUUGAGAACUGCAUUUAUAGUUUCUGUCUGAUUGUUUGCAAUGAUGCACUCCCAAUCAUUUCAGUUAGACCGAAGUUCCCUCACUGUGCAGGACACACUCACUGUCGUCAUUUGGGACGUGGGCUGAUUUACUGAUGUUAGAGAUUAUGAAAGAAAUAUUAAACUUGACAGUAGUUAUUAUGUUUCAUUUUUGGACAGCAUUAUACUUUGUGAAGGUGAAUGUCGGGGGGACAUCAUAUUUUAAUGGAUGGGAAUGUAAGAAGGAUGAGCUACUUGUGUUUUGUGAAAAGGUCACGUCAGACACGGGUCAGAGGUUUGCUUGUUGGAAAAAAACGAAGGUCGAAUGAGUUUAAGAGAGCAGACAGCAUGGGGUGCAGAGUGGAGAGAAAGAAAAGAAAGCAACGUGUUGCAGGGUGGGUAAAUAGGCAAGGGUUUAUGGUAGAAAUAUUAAUCUGCCGGUAUAAUGAGUACUGUAAACCAAUUUGUUAGACACAUUUGAAAAAACAUUUGCUGUAGUUGCUUUAGCUUCUUCUCAAAAACUGGGUGAAUAACAUGUCCAGGUCACAUUCCACCCAUUUUUUUAAUAUAUAUAUAUUUUUAAAUAAAUAAUUAAUAAGAUGGGAUGCAUUGCAAAAUAUUUUCAUUAUAACUGGAAGCACAUUUUCCCCUCAAAUUCUCUUAAAAAUAGUGGAAUGUCACGACUUUUCAUUAGAUCAUCGUAACUGUAAUACAGUAAUAUUUCUACCAUUUAAAUAAUAUAUGUUUUUCAUUAAUCAGUAAUGAGAGUUUUUUAUGGUAAUGCAAAUUUAACAGUGGGGUUGCUUUAUUGUCAUGAAAAUAAUGCAAAACUAUGCUCCUAAAAAUGCACUCUUCUUAAAUCAAAAUAGAAUUUGUUUUAUAAUUGAAUUGAUAAUAUUUUGACAUUUUUGAAGUAUGAUUUGGGACAAGUGAGAGUCAAUCACCUAGGAUGUGUUUGAUGGAAAAUACACUGUAUGAAUGAUUAUUAGUUUUUUAAAAUCUUGCUGAGCAAUAUUCGGGUCCACCUUUAAGCACAUUAACAGACUGACCAACUUGAUUAUGAUGGAAAACAAAAUAGUUUCCUUUUUCCACAGGGUCAUUUUUAUUCCAGUGGCUUCUGUAGUGGGUGUGUGGGAAGUGAAAGACCGUAAUGUGGCGUGUGAUGGGGAUUUCCUCUCUUACACAUGCUGUGCACUUACUAGGCAUGUGUACAGCAUGUGUAAGAGAGGAAAUACACAUCACACACAUGCUGUGCACUUACUAGGCAUCAACUUGGAAUAGUAUGUCUGUUCGUUUCAUGCAAAUUCAUGGCAUUGUUUUUCUUGUGAUUAUUAGAAGCAGAAUGGGUUUACUAUAUUUUCCUUUAUUUAUUGUCAUCAGAGAUUCUCAAAUAAAAUCCACU